UCCUCCCAUCUCUUUUCGCGGUUGUACGGGAAGGUCUUGAUUUCUUUCUUUUCUUUUUAUAUAAUCCCAGUAUUAUAGAUUUUGAUUUUCUUUUCCUUUUCUCCCGCAAAUUAUUCACAAAAUGUCACCAGCGGCAGCGGCAGUUGUGGGACGAGAGAAGGAGUCAAACUUGGCUCGUCUGCUCGGUUCAGGUACCGCUGGUAUCUCCGAGCUGGCGCUUUUCCACCCUGUGGAUACUAUCGCGAAGCGAUUGAUGAGCAACCACGGCAAAGUCGCUAACGCAAGCCAAUUGAACCAAGUCAUCUUCAAGGACAAGGCCUCCGCACCCUUCGCACGAAAGUUUGUCUCGCUAUUCCCCGGUCUGGGCUACGCCGCCGGCUACAAGGUGCUCCAGAGAAUAUACAAGUAUGGCGGACAGCCCAUUGCGCGCGAUUUCCUGGGCAAGCACUACGGAAAGGACUUUGAGGCCGCUUUCGGCAAGAAGACGGGCAAGGCUAUCAUGCACUCUACUGCUGGCAGUCUGAUUGGAAUCGGUGAAAUCGUCCUGCUGCCCCUCGAUGUCCUCAAGAUCAAGCGCCAGACCAACCCCGAGGCUUUCCGUGGCCGUGGUGUCCUCAAGAUUGUUGCCGACGAGGGCUUUGGCCUGUACCGAGGUUGGGGAUGGACUGCUGCUCGAAACGCACCCGGCUCUUUCGCUCUCUUCGGAGGUUCUGCCUUCGCCAAGGAGUACCUCUUCCAGCUUGAGGACUACAACAAGGCCAGCUGGUUCCAGAACUUUGUUGCUUCCAUCGCCGGUGCUUCUGCCUCUCUCCUCGUCUCGGCUCCCCUCGAUGUUAUCAAGACCCGAAUCCAGAACCGCAACUUCGAAAACCCCGAGAGUGGCUUUAGAAUCCUGAGCAACAUGGCUAAGAACGAGGGCUUCUCCAGUUUCUUCAAGGGACUUGUUCCUAAGCUACUCAUGACCGGACCUAAGCUGGUCUUUUCUUUCUGGCUCGCCCAGACUCUGAUUCCCGCUUUCGACACCAUGUUCAGCAAAUAGAGUUCCAAUUACGCAAACCAAAAACCAAAAUUAUGUACCAUGUAUAAGCGAUAAACGCACCGAAAAAAGACGCAAGUAAAAAGUGGAAGGGAAGAGACUAUACAAAACGGGAGAAGGAUAGAUCUGCAGCGUGUUUCUUAGGAUAUAUAGGGUGCCGCUGGGCUUGGGGUAUCCUCGGCCGGAAUGGAGGGCAUGUAUAGAACGACUCUGCUCUGUGUAGAAUUAUAUAAUCAAGCGAUAUAACAAGGAACCGGAAGACAAAUCUUCAGUGAUUGGACAAACA